AUGACGUGGAUCGGUACUCAGGACUGGUCGGACAGUCCGAGCAUAUCAGAGACGAGUCCGGCCGUGCUGGCCGGCAUGCUAGGUGUUCGAACCUACAGUGUCAUGUCCGACGAACUGACCGACGUCGUCAAGAACUUUACGCGACACGUCAGCGACACGUUAUGCGACAACCCGCUGCUGACGUCACUGCUUCGCAGCGACGACGACGCCGCCGCUUCAUGCGGCUACGGCGACGAAGGUGUCGAGAAUGCGACGCUAGAUAGCGCUAAUUUGAUGAUGGCCAUCUACGCCGUCGCGCAUGCGCUGGACGCCGCAGUGCGACAAGGCGACAUGUGCGCACCGCUAGGACCUUAUCUUCGCGCGGUCAACGUCACGUUGUUCGAGAAUUUGUACUUCACGUUCGACGAGCAAGGCGAUCUCGUGCAGACUCGAUAUGAUAUCGUUAACAUGCAAUUGAAUGAGACGGCGGGAGGUGAGGCGGUUCACCGGAAGGUCGGAGAGUGGCGUAGUGAUGCCGAGCAAAACCUGGUCAUCAAUGAAUCGCUGAUAGUGUGGAAGAAAGGCUUCAGAGUAUUGCCGAGCCCCUCCGUCUGCUGCUGGGACUGCAUGAGCUGUGAGGAUGGUCACUAUAGUGAGACAAACCAGUCAACGAUGUGUGAAGUGUGCGGACCUCACCGCCACACAGAGAGGGCUAGGACGAAGUGCGUGGCGAACACGGAGAUAUGGUUGUCGUGGACCGACAGACAAGGAAUCCUCCUGCUACUCCUCGCAGCACUGGGAGAGACCUACGCUCUAGCAACCGUCGUCAUCAUGACCUACUUCCGCCAGCACCCUGUCAUCGAGUUCAAGAGCAACUUGAAGAUCAGUUUUCUUCUCACCGUCAUAGUCGGAUUGGUGGCCAUCGUGCCGUUUCGGGCGCGACCGUCCGACGCUUCAUGUAACACAAGAACGAUUCUCUUAAUGUGCGUUUCAAACCUACUCGCUGCUAACCUCUUAGCGCGAACCCCUGUGAUCAGGACCGGAAUCAAAUCGCUGAAGAGACGUUAUUCCUGUCUCUCGCACUACGCCGAUAACGUCUGCCAGACGGCGCUAGUGCUGCUCGUCGCUGGCGUCGGCAUCGCGUACUGCUCGUGGCUGGUGCUGGCAUAUCCGAUGUCCAUACAUCGCAUUGAUGUUAACCAACUAUGGGAGGACACGCCGGACACCGACCAGACAAUCGUCUCCUGCACGUGGUUGCCACGGAAAUGGUGGAACAUCGUCUUCGCGUACGUGUACCCAUGUACAAUCGCCAUCAUUACCGUCGUCCUCUGUCAGUUCACGCCUUGUACACGCCACAGACUCGAACGCAGCACCACAGACCCACGAUACUCGGUCGACGAAGCAAAGUUGAUCAGCUACACUUGCUACAUCGCCUUCCUCGUCGUCGCUACUCUGACGUCACUGUCGUUCGCCCUCGGCGCCGACGUCUAUAGCUUCAUAAGUAAGUUGACGAUGGCGUUGGUGUUGUACACUGCUCUCGGAUUCUUCACUCUACCUCGCUUCUAUAAGAUCUAUCGAGCGUCGGCGAAGCGAGCACGCGGAGACUCCAUCGUGCAGCCCCGCGCCCCUCUCACACUCACCGUGUCCUACCACAACCAGACGAGCGCGAUCAACUACGGAAUGUCCUACGCCGACGGCGUCACGGAUAAUGACGUCAGUGGAGAUUCGGAAGGCAAGAGUAGCGAGCGUAGAGAGAGUGACGUCAUCGCAAAAACUGUCGCCUCCGCGAUACAUUAUGACGUCAGCGCGGAUCUGCAACGCGUGCGCAGUAGUAGCGACCGCAGAGAGAGUGACGUCAUCGCCAAAACUGCCGCAGACGGAAGUCGUCACGUGGACGUCGCGAGAACGUUUAUCGAAGUACCUGACGGCGACGAAACUGCUGACGUCACAGAUAAUAUUAUAGACGAAAGUGACAGCGCACACACUGGGUUUAAAGGAGGUGACGUCACAGAUACAGUCCUGAAAGAAAAUGACAUUCCAAAUAAUGACUUCAGCGCAAGUGACGUCACGUCAAAGAACUUGCCGAAGACGUGA